AUGCAGCAAAACCCAUCUCCACCAUCAGCAGCUCUGGUCCUCUGGUCCUUAGACUCUGUGACCCAGGGGAUCCCACACUGCCUGCACUAUGCUUUGGCAUUGGACUACCAGCUGUCUCCAGAGCUUAUAUUGUCAGCUCUGGCUUCCAGCUGCCCCUAUCUGAUCUACAGCUCCAGGUUGUGGUUCUAUCCACUCCUUUCUCAUGUGGCUUAUUACAGCUGCCUCAGUCCACCAAUAUGGCGCCGGAGCACAUGGCCGCCUUUGGACUCCCACUGUGAGUCUCAUCCUGCAGAUCAUUCCCUGGCUGAGUCUCCAGCUACCACUGAUGAAGCCUGCUCCCUGAGCCACUCUACUGACAGCCGCUCCUCCAGAUCCCCGCUACAGCCCCCAGGCCUCAACAAGCUCUUAGAUCGCAGGACCCUAGUGUGCAGCCCUGUGUCUGAAAUUGUUAUAACUUAUUUCCCUGUAAGAGGGAGAGCAGAGGCCUUACGGCUCCUACUUGCUGACCAGGGAAUUUCUUGGAGAGAGGAUGAGGUGCAGAUGCAGGACUGGUUCUCGGGCAAAGGAGAUAUGAAGAAAAAUGCGGUUUUUGGGCAAUUGCCUCGUCUUCAAGAUGGAAGUUUUGAGCUUUAUCAAAGCAACAGUAUUUUGCGAUAUUUGGGCAGGAAAUACGGGAUCGCUGGCAGCAAUGAGCAUGAGAAAGCAAUUGUUGAAAUGGUGAAUGACGGAGUGGAGGAUCUGAGAAUGAAAUACUACAAGUUUUAUUUUAUAGAGAAUGAGGCAAACAAGGAUAAAUACCUGGAAGAAGUGUCUAAGCAGCUCUGUUAUUUUGAGAAAAUUCUGUCAAAAAAUGGCAAUGGAACCAAGUUCCUGGUAGGAGAUGGAAUUACAUAUGCGGACUACAACCUUGUGGACACUCUGCAGUGCAAUCUAGAUCUUUCUCCAACAUGUCUUUCUGCUUUUCCACUACUGUCAGCCUACCAGGAGAGAGUACUCAAACGACCGAAACUCAGUGAGUACUUGAAAUCUGAUGGACGCAAGAGACGCCCUAUCACCCCUAAGCACAAGUGA